AUGCAGUCUCUGCAGCCGGCCUCUGUGAGAGAUGUGGGCUACAUGCUCGAGGGGGGGCAGCUCAGCAAGUCACCCGAAAAGACAGACAGGGAGCUGCCCGUCACGCCAGCACGAUCAAAGACCGACCCUUUCAACGACGUGAGAUCCGACGAGCAGGACCCAGAGCAGCGGGCCUCUCUCACUCCAGCAGGCGUCGUCAGCUUGACGCCUGUUGUAAGACCGAUGCCGCGACGGCCUCAGUCGAGUAUUCUGGGCGAGAACACACCACCGCAGUCGGCAACCAUGCUUGCUCUACAGAACAUGUCUGCCCCCAAAGAAAUGCCCUCCAAAAGAGAUGUCGACACGCCCCUGGCCAACGCCACUAAUGGCUCGAUGUCCCCAACGAAGAACCCCCAAUCGAUCGAGAACAUAUCCGGGCAGAUCCUCACCCUGACGAACAUUGCAACAGCUCUGCAGAAGGAGAUGGCUCAGCUGAGUCGACGGAGCAGAGACAACGCGACAGACCUUCUGAGCUUGAAGGAGGCAACAAAUACCAGAGACGAGGAUAUAAGGAAGAAUAUGCGUGAUCUCCUGCACAACAUGCAAGAGGUGUCGUCAAGGACCGUUUCUUCAGCAUCGCGGGACAUGUACGGAGGGCCCCUCUUGCUUGAGAACAAACCUUACGCCCCAGCAUCACUGUCUCCAUCCUCCAGGGCCGGCUCAAACAUGCGACCCUUCGCUCUACCUCGCAUACCUUCACCCAACAGCUUUGCGGCAUCCCUAGACCGGGACGACAUAAGCACACCGUCACUCGCUGGUACAGAUGCGUCCGCCACGAUCGGCCUACUUGACAAGAUCAUUCGUGACAUGAGUACUAAGGACGGGCAGGAGCAGCUGAUGUCUCGACUCUCUGAUCUGGCAAGGAAGCUUGACGGCUUCAACGUGGAACAAAAGGUUGACGACCUUCAACGCCUCAUCAGGACCAACAUGGACCAGUCUCUAGUUCUUGCCCAAGGCGGCAGUGGGGCUGGCGGAGGCAAGAUCGGCCGCCCCAGGAACAAGAGCUUUAGUGAUGGUCCCAAUGAAUAUAGGAACGGCUCUGAGGCUCGCGUCGAACGGCUCAUUCAGGACAACAAUCAGUCUCCCGGGACGAGAGUCGCAGCUGAUGUCAUCAGCGAUGACCUUGUAAAAAUCAUCCGCACCGUCAAGGACAGCGUCGCUCAGGGAGGCGGUCUGACGGCCGAGGUUAAGGCCCUUGUCCGGGAGCUUCGCGGCGAGGUCCUCGGCAUGGGCCGGGAGAUCGGCCGCAAAUUGGACGAGGUUUCUGAGACCAACCAGAGUAGGACUGCAGCUGCGACCAGUAGGGAGAUCAAUCGGGUCGUGGAGGAAGGCUUGCUGGAGAUGAAGGAUCAUAUGAACCAGCUCACGCGCGACCACCUCCGACAGUCUGCCGCUGCUAUCACUGCCAACAGGACCCCCGAAGUCGACUACCAGGAGAUCUACAACGCCUUGAGGACAGCUCUUAAGGAUUCUAAGGCUCUUGAGGACGAUGCUCCUGCGCUCCACAGGGAGGACGUCAUUGAAGCUGUAAAGGAUGCCUGGGAGAACUACAAGCCCGAGAUCGAGGUCCAGCAAAUCGGUCUCGAGAGAGACGAGGUCCUCGCUUGUCUGAGAGAAGGUCUCAUGCAGCAUGCACCAAGGGACGACAAGGAACCAGGAGCUACCAGAGAAGAGGUUUAUAAGGCGGUAGUGGAAGGUUUGAAGCACUUCACGCCUCCACCGAUCCAGGUUCCGGAGACCUUAUCUCGCGAUGAAAUCAUCGAGGCAGUUCGUGACUGUCUGGAAGAGUUUGAGUUCCCUGUGGCUGCGUCCGCUCUCGACGCUGAUCUUUCGAAGCAAGACAUGAUCGAUGCCGUUAAGCAAGGCCUCGAGAACAUGGAUGUACAUGCGAAGGACGGUGCGCCACUGGUUCCCUAUCAAGGCAACAGUGAGGAGAUCGUUGCACGUCUCCACGACAUCAUGGAAUAUAUGCAGUCGGAGUUCAAGGCCGUCUCGGAUGAGGCCAAGCAGAACGUAGCUGCUAAUGGUCGAGAUACCGAGCAGGUCCUCGAUGCCACCAAAGAUGGCUUCGAGAAGCUUCGUGCCGACAUUGAGGGCUAUGUCGACCGGGCAACCGGAGUUGCGAGCCAAGAGGAGUUCAUGGAGGACCUUCUGAAGAGCUUGGAUGUCUUCCGUGAUGAGAUCGCCGACAUGGUCGCCAAGCAGUCGGACGGCUCAAAAGAUGUCAUCCGGGAGGAGCUUGAGUCGCUGCGUGACGCAGUGAACACUUCAAUGGUGCCUGCAUCCUCGCAGCCCUCGUCAGUCAAUCACGACGAAAUUCUCCAGGCAUUUCAGGAGGGAAUCGGAAGUCUGCGGCAGGAAAUCAGCCAGCGCCCAGUCGCCGGCACGAAUGAAGUUCUCGAUGCCCUACAGGAGGGUCUUACCGAUCUGCGAGUCAGCAUCGACAAGUUGAGUGAUAAGCCAGCAGAUUUGACUGCCAAUGACGAGAUCCUCGAUGCCCUCAGAACCGGCCUUGAUGGUGUCAAAUCUGAUAUCGAAGAGCUGCGAGAGGAGAGCAAGGCUUUGGCACCUGUCGCAAGUGAUGCGGUCGUUGCUGCUGAUGUUCUAAAGCACGAGGAUAUCAAGAACCUCGAGGUGCUCAUCUCGCAGCUCCGCAUCAAGGUCGAGGCCAUGGAACCGAAUCCAGUCCCGGCUGCGGCAGCAUCCGAGACAGGCUCUUCACUUUCGAAGGAUGAUAUAGUUCUCAUGGAGGACAUGCUGCACAAUAUCAAGGAGCAGGUUGCAGAAAUUGCUAGCAAAGAGCCCGCUGCCGCCACGGUGAGAGAUGCUCCUGUCUCAACUGACGCUGCAACGAAGGAGGAUGUCGAGGCUAUCGAGACGAUUCUCCGAAACACCAAGAGUCGCUUGGAUGAGCUUAUGGAUGGAGAGCAGGCAGUCCGGAAAGACCACGUCGACGCCCUCGAGGUCCUCAUACUGGAGACGAAGGAGAGUCUCGGCGGUCUGACUGAGCAGCUUGAGAAGAUCGCACUUCGUGAAGACACCCAGGCCGUGGAGUCCCUCGUCACCCAAGUUAUUGGUGCCUUUGAUGAGAUGAAGGAGCGUCACGAGAAGCAGCUCGAAGAUCCCGAAAAAGUCACCAAGACGGACACGGACGCGAUCGAGGCUGUCUGUCUGGACGUCAAGGGGGUGGUCGAGCAGAUGGUCAAGUCGGACAUUGCCUCUCUUUCCACGAAAGAAGACCUUGAGCGGCUCGAAUCGCUGCACGCAACCGAGCUCAAGGAGCUGUCAGAGCAGCACGCUGAGGAAAAUGCCAAACAAUUCGAAGAACGUCAGGCAGAGACGGUGGGUGUGAGUGAGCGUGUGACGGAGGUCAAGGCAUUCCUCGAGGAGAUGCAGACGCUUGUCAAGGAGAAGCUCGAGACUGGCAUCACCGGUGUCGAGGGCCUAAGCAAGUCAUUGGAGACCUUGAGCGAGACGGCUGGGCAAAACGCAAACGUGCAUUCUGACCUCAAGGAAAUGUUUGAAACCAUGAAGACUGAGUUCGAGGAGUCGAAGGCUGGAGUGGUUGGUGCGAAACUCGAGACGGACGAGAAGUUCGAGCAGACAACCGAGACCCUGCGCACCAAGAUUGACGAACGUAUUGACGAGGUGAUCGCCAAGUACGAGGAGUUUCAGUCUGCUAUCGACGAGCGCAACAAGACGGGCGAAGCUCGCGACGAGGUGCUCGAGGGUGCUGUCGUUGGCACAAAGGCUGUGGCCGAGGAGCUGAAGAGUCUCAUCGAUACACUCGGUUCUACCGUCACCGAGUCACUCGAAAAGAUGGAAGAGGCUUCGAAGACGGUCUUUACACAUGUUGAGGACUUGGUUCUGAAGACUGAUGACAACCACACUCAAAAUAAGUCCGAGCAUACGCAGACCCGUGAUCAGGUCAAGGAGGCCAUGGGUGCGUUUGAAGGGCUUCAGGGACAGGUCAACGAGUACCAACCCAAGAUUCUUGAGGCUGUCCAGAGUGUUCUCGACACGGUCGGACAGCACUUUGAGCAUUCCAAGGCCUCCGUCUCUGAGAUCGAGGAGAAGAUUGGCCAGAAGAUCGAAGAGGCCAAGCCAGAACCGCUCAUGCUUCCUCCCGCUCCUGAGAAGUACGAUGACAGCCACGUCCAUGAGAAGCUUGACAGACUUGUGGAUCACACCCAGUCAGCCGAUAAGGCCUUUGAGCAGCUGAGCACGCUUGACAAGGUCCACCAACAGGUCAUUGCGACGGCCACCGAGCUCUCCGCUUUCCUCGCCGCGCAGACGCAGCGCAUCGCAGAUGAUCACGAGGACAAACAGAAGACCAUGAAGGACAUGGAAUCUAACCUUCACGAGACAAUGCUCGAGCUCGAGCGCCGCACUGUGCAGAGAGAUGAGGCGGAGGCUACCGUCGCAAGUCUACAAGCCGAGGAGGAGCGCCUGAGGAAGAGUAUCGUGAGCCUUAAGGUGGAACAGGAGUCUCUGGUCAGGCAGAAGGUCAGUCUGACCGGUGACGUGUCCUCACUCGAGACUGCGCUCAAUAUCCGGCGGGAGGAGCUACACGAGAUGGAACAUCGCGCGGAAGGCCUCGAACGUCGUAUUCUCGAGGGUGUCAUGGACCAGUCACGGCUGCUUCUCAUGGCGAAGUCAUCCAAGAAAGCUGCACGUGAUGUGAUGAGCCGUAAGCGGGUCACCUCUCAAAAACCAGCCGCCGAAGACGGGGGCGCAGAAACCGAGUCGAAGCAGACCACACCCAAGGCCCAGCACACUGUCGCGUUCAAGACGGCGCUGAACUCCAACCGCAACGUGCUCGAUCCGCAGUCUGCUCUCAACGGGCAACAACAAGCCCGCCGCAUCCUCUCUUUAAGCCAGAUUAAGAAACCCGGCUUCAACAGCACAGCGAAUGCAGGCACGGCCUUCAAGAGGAGCCAGAGCGUCAAGACGCUCGGGGGCGCGGGCGCAUUCAGGAAGGGCAGUUGGGGUGGGCGAAUGAACAAUAAGAAGGGUUAUGGAGACUUGCAUCAUAGUGACGAAGGCGACAAGGAGAAUGUCAACUUGGACGUCGUUGCGCUUAGAGAGAGCGACGAAGAAGAGCUCUACAACCAGGAGGACGAACACCACGGUGGUGAAGUCGUCCUUGCCACGCCUACUGAUGCUGCACCUCUUGCGAGCACUGUGUCUGAAAAUCCUAGCCAGGACUAUUACGAGACCUACAGCGAUGUGCAGAGCGAAACUGGCACGCUGCGGCGGUCGAGUCUGCAUAGCGGCACGGGGACGAUAACGGACUCAGAGUAUACGCAUUCUGAGCUGCAGUCGGGCGAGUAUAGCCCCUCUGAGUUGCAGUCAGCCGCCUUCACAAACUCGGAGGGAGCAGACGAUGAGAUGUACUCGGAAUCAGCCAGCGACUGGACCGAGAGUGCCGUCGGAAGCAGCGUCCUUUCGGGUACAGACAGUGAGGUCAGUGGGGUGGGUUAUGCGACGUCUGAUGGUGGUGUGACCCCCAGCAGCGAGGGGGGCGAGGUGAUGUUGUACGAGGGCUAG